UAAUAAUUCUCCUUAAUCUUAUCACUAAUUAAUAUAAGUACGAUAAAAAAAUGGAUUCAAGAUUCAUCGACACCAUUCCUUCCUUGAGCUAUAAUGAUGAUAAGAGCGAUGAUGACUAUGCGUUUGUAAGAGCUCUACGUAUGAGUGGUGGAGAUGGAGCCAAGAGUUACUCAGCCAAUUCUCUUCUUCAGAGAAAAGUUUUAUCAAUGGCAAAACCAGUUUUGGUAAAAAACACAGAAGAAAUGAUGAUGAACUUAGACUUUCCAAAGUACAUCAAAGUUGCUGAACUGGGUUGUUCUUCGGGACAAAACACAUUUCUGGCUAUAUCUGAGAUCAUCAACACCAUCAAUGCGUUGUGUCAACAAUUGGACCAAAACCCACCAGAAAUAGAUUGUUGUCUGAAUGAUCUCCCGGGAAACGAUUUCAACACGACCUUCAAAUCCGUACCUUUCUUCAACGAGGAGCUCAUGAUCACAAACAAAACAUCCUGUUUCGUCUAUGGAGCUCCAGGUUCCUUCUACUCCAGGCUCUUCUCUCGCAAUAGUCUCCAUUUCAUACAUUCCUCUUACGCUCUCCAUUGGCUCUCUAAGGUUCCUGGAAAUCUCGAGAAUGAUAAGGGAAGCGUGUACAUAACGAGUUCAAGUCCUCAAAGUGCAUACAAGGCUUACUUGAAUCAAUUCCAAAGAGACUUCACGAUGUUUCUAAGGCUGCGUUCUGAAGAAAUUGUCUCUAAUGGACGCAUGGUUCUCACCUUCAUCGGACGAAACACUCUCAAUGAUCCAUUGUAUAGAGAUUGUUGUCACUUUUGGUCAUUGCUUUCAAAAUCUCUCCGUGACCUAGUCUUCGAGGGGCUAGUGAGUGAAUCAAAACUGGAUACAUUUAACAUGCCGUUCUAUGAUCCGAACGAACAAGAACUUGAGGAAGUGAUCCGAAACGAAGGCUCUUUUGAAAUGAAUGACUUCGAGACACACGGAUUCGAUCUUGGACAUUGUAACUGCGAUGACGAAGAGGUUGAUGAAUACGAAGCAGGAUACAAUGUAGCCAAUGGUAUAAGAGCCGUUACUGAACCAAUGCUCGUUGCUCAUUUUGGAGAAGACAUUAUUGAUCUCUUGUUUGAUAAGUAUGCACACCAUGCGACUAAACACGCGAGCUGCAGAAACAAAACCAGUGUCACCCUUGUCGUUUCAUUGACUAAGAAGUAAUUUAUCUUUUGUGGUGUAAAAGUUUUUUUUUACUUUUUACUAUUGCGUCCCUUUUCCGUUAAUAAAUUCCAAGACUCGCCGCCACACAUGUAAUGAUGUCUUUCUAGUCUUGGAAAGUAAAUUGUGAUUUUAAUAUGU